CUAGCCAGGCAAUCGAUCGCGAACGAGUUACUGCGAGCAACGUGACCAUUAAGCAGAUGGCGCGAAAUUCAAAUUGAAAAAUGAGAAUACGAAAAGAAUUAAAAGACGUAGGGGUGUGAAUUUUUAAAAAAAUAUCACCUUAUAGGGGAUGAUAAAACGAAACUUUUUUCUAUGUACAGUUUGAUCAUAGGACAUUCGGUUUUCAAAAUAAAAAUUCAAAACUUAGAAGACCUUUCUCUCCUGAAUUCUAUUACAUUUGCAAUGGUGAAACUGAAAGUAUCGUUAGUUGACAAUUAUUUAUUUGACGGAUUUGAAAAAAAUACCACCUUAUAGGGGAUGAAAUGACGAAACAUUUUUGUAGUCGCAGUUUGUUCAUAGGACGUUUAGUUUCAGAGAUAAAAAUUCAAAACUUGGAAGACCUUUUUCCUGAGAUCUCGCAGUGAUUCUGUUGCUGUUGUCUUAAAGAAAAAAAAAAGCAACAGUCGAACAAUCGAAUUUGAAAAAAAAAAAUAUCAGCUUGUAGAGAACGACAAAACGAAACUUUUUUAUCUGUACAAUUUAUUCAUGCGACGUUUAGUUUCAGAGAUAAAAAUUGAAACCUUAGAAGAUCCUUUACAUGAAAUUCAAUUUUAACGAACUUCAAACUUUUCAAUUUUUAUUGUUGAAACUAAACGUCCUGUGAAUAAACUAUAAAAAUAAAAAAGUUUCGUCUCAUCAUCCUCUAUAAGCCGAUAUUUUUUAAAAAUUGAUUUAACGAAGAUAAACAGACAUAACCCAGACCUAACCCAGACCUUUUUCCUGAAAUUCAUAUUCUCCAACGAACAUCGAGUUUUUAAUUUUUAUUUUUGAAACUAAGGGUCCUACGAAAAAACUGCAAGUAUAAAAAUAGUUUCGUCUCAUCAUUCCCUAUAAGCCGAUAUUUUUUUAAAACUGACUUAACGAAGAUAAUCAGACAUAACCCAGACCUAACCCAGACCUUUUCUCUGAAAUUCAAUUUUUCCAACGAACUUCAAACUUUUCAAUUUUUAUUUUUGAAAUUAAGGGCCCUACGAAUAAACUGCAAGUAUAAAAAAAGUUUCGUCUCAUCAUUCCCUAUAAGCCGAUAUUUUUUUUAAAGUGAUUUAACGAAGAUAAUCGGACAUAACCCAGACCUAACCCAGACCUUUUCUCUGAAAUUCAGUUUUUCCAACGAACUUCAAACUUUUCAAUUUUUAUUUUUGAAAUUAAGGGCCCUACGAAUAAACAGCAAAUAUGAAAAAAGUUCUCUUUCAUCAACCUCUACAAGCUAAUAUUCUUUAAAAAUUGCUUGAAAGGGUUAAGUUUGGAAUAGCUUUGUACGUCAAGGCGAGAGUCGUCCUUUGGUCGACUAGGCAAGAUGGCGCGAAAUUCAAAUUGAAAAAUGACAAUACGAAAAGAAUGAUCAAAAGGGUAGAGAAUUAUUAAAUAGAAUUUAGAAGUAGCUGGUUAAUUAUGUUUGGAAAAGCUUUGUACGUCAAAACGAGAGUACUACGCGUCCAUUGGUCGACGGUAGUGGUCGUCGAUGGGUCGGCCAAUGGGAAAUGGCGUCGUUCUUGCGGGGAGAAAUAAUGCAGUCGUCAAGUCAAGGGAGCAGUCUGCUCGCGAUAAUUGUGUAGCAAUCUAGCAAUUGACAGUGCAGUGGAAAAUAUCGUGCAUGUAGGUGCGUCUCUCAAUUCGAUCAAAAAUUACAGUUUAAUUUACAAUGUCAUCGCCUACACAAGUGUUAAAAAGUGUCGGGCCAAAGCUAGUCCCGUUCUUUAAAAGCGUGUCCGUGUAUUUUAUAUUACUGGCCGAGCAACCGUCACUACUGACGGCGUGUUUCAAGUGUUUGCCAAUUAUAAGUCUUAUCGUCUUUGUUCUUCUACACGGAAUUAGUUUAUCGCAGGAAUACACCUUCUCCAGGAGAAUAUUGACGGGACUGAUAUUCAGUUGUAUGGGCGACGCUCUGUUAGUAUGGCCGAGCUGUUUCACGCCUGGAAUGUGCAUGUUUGCCGUCGCGCAGAUAAUGUACAUCAGCGCGUUCGGUUUUAUGCCACUUAACAUAAUGUUAGGUACAAUUCUGUACGCUAUGUGCUCGCUAGUCAUAUACACAUUGAUGCCUGGUUUGAAUGGUAUACUGGUUGUCGGAGUUCCAGUUUACACUGUGUUGUUGACCACGAUGGCAUGGAGAGCCAUCUCACGAGUUCAAUUUUACAAGGAAUUGUGGACGUGGACUAAAUUAUGCAGCUGCAUCGGGGGCAUAUGCUUCCUCAUAUCUGAUACCUUGCUGGGGUUCCACUACUUCCACACCCCGUUGCCUUACUCGCAGGUCUCCAUAAUGCUGACGUAUUACGCGGCGCAAUUGGGGAUAGCGCUGAGCGCGGUGGGUUCUAAAAAUAACAAUAACGGUAGCAAUAACAGAAACGACGCGGAUCAAGUAAAGGGCUGAGAGGAAAGUCUUCUGCGUGGCUGUGAAUAUUAGGUUGGCUGAAAAGUUCAUUCGGUUUGUCUCUAUGGUUGCCUUCGCAGUGAUUAUUACUAACUUUGUGCUCACAACUUCUACGAAUGAGACUUUUACUAAAUCAUGAAUUUCUCUUUCGCAUGCCUCAGAAGAUGGAGAAAGAUUGAUAGAAUAAAAUGGACAUGUUAUAGAUUAAAUAUAGGUACUUGUCUAGGUUAAUCGAUGAACUUUUUGGCCAAUCCGAUAGUAUUUGAAUGGUCUGUCUCACACCGCUCAAAACGACUAAUAUAAUAGAUAUCAGUAUUUAAACAACUAUUCUAAUAAUUAAUUUGCAUAGUAUCGAUUGCAUAAAUUUCUCUGAUUCCAACAUUAUGUGAAAUGAUUUUCACAUACGAUCUACAUUCAAUCCUUUUGAGCUGUACAUUACAAAUGGGAGACCAUACAGUUUACCUUACUGUUAAUAUAAUUGUCAUUUUAAGUAGUUAGAGUGCACUCGAUCGGAGUGACGUAUAACAAUGAAGAAACAGAGAUCACGUGGAUCACGAAUCACGAUACUGCCACGCUAGGCAACUUUUUAUCCUCUUGAGUCAUUGAUACGCUAUAAAAGAUAUCGUGACCUCUACAAUUUGUUUUCGCUCAUUUUUUUUUUUUUUAUGUUACUUGUACUCGUCUGUAAUUAAGGUGUUCCGUAAUCAUAGGAAUGUUCGACAUUUUAACUAUCGCACACCUCGUGGUGUUUAUAAAUGCGAUGGCCUCGCUGGCACGUGUCCCCACGUUUAUUUGUAUAAUUCCAGUGCAACUAUGUCAGUAUUUCUCAUGCAUUCAGUAAUUACAAUG